AUGUCACACAUAAUUAACCAACAACAUGCCGCCUCCCGUAGUUUGAUGCACCCCCCACAAAGAGGCAUGACUGGCAACUUGAUGCCUCCUCCGAGUCGACCCGCAUCUCAGCAGAUGCAUUCUUCCUCUCAACAAGCCCCGCCAGGAUUAACCCCAAUCGUCCCGCCACAUCUUCAAGUCCCUCCAAACAACAGACCAAUUCCCUCUAAUCCCCUCGCCGUGCCCGUCUCUGCUCCGGUCUACCCCCCCGCUCCAUUGAGAGCUAAUGCUCCCAUGGGGCCCGGUGGCUAUAAUAUUCAUCAGGCAAACGGUCAUGAUGACAGCUCCCGACCUCGUUUUGACCCCCAAUCCCGACCAGAUGCUUACCCCGAUCACGGAACCAACAACGCUGGCCACCCCCAUUCUCGAGUCGAUUCCCACCCAGAUCCCCGAGCUGACCACACUGGUAAUCAUCAUAACCCCCAUGCGCAAGCCGAAGCGUAUGCCGAUCACCAAACCGACAACCCCGGUCCUCGUCAUAACCCCCGUUCUCCAGCCAAUGCCGAUCACAGAAUCAACCACGCUGGUCAACUUUUCCCAAUCGUUGGAGAAGAUGGACACCUUACUAACCCCUAUCGUACGGAGGAAGACGGUCCGGACUCUCCUCCCGGGCUUCCCACUAACCCCCUCCUCCUCCCAGACAGUCAAGCGAUCUUUUAUGGUGGUAGUCCCGAUGGACCUCCCGAGCAUCCAUUAGUUCCAACUAUGUUAACUAAUAUCGAUCAUGAAAGCUUGCAAGCCAUCUUUGGUUUGCCGGAGGAAAAAAUACAAGUCGCUAAAAGAAUCCUUGCAAUGACCGAGGCCAAUAUCAUGGGUGCUAUAGUAUAUGGCUUAGUAGCCAAUCACCCCAUUCCUCCCAAUGAUGCUCCUGACCCUGCUGGUGAUCGGGUGAUUACAAACAACACUGUAGACCCGGCCCCCCCUUCUGUUGCCAAUGUGCCGACAGACAUCAGGCAUUUCCUCUACAGUGACUACAUCAAGGAUGAAAUCCGUGACUUCAUCCGUCGCAAGAUGCCUGAAUCGAGGAUUAUCGCUUAUCGUUGCCCCCCCGAUGGUGAAGGAACCGCAGAAAUUGGUUCGGUUUUUCUUUCCACUCAGAUUGGUCUUCUUGGAGCUUUUUCAUUGAAAGCACCUCUGAUUCCGCAUCAAGCAUACAUACAUAUACCAAUGAACGCUAUUUCUAAACCCAGACAUGACCAAAUGAACUCCCCGGGUUCCGAACGGAAAUAG